UAGUGAGAGGUUAGAUACCUGGAUUCUCAGAGGCCUGUCAGUGUUGAGCAGACUGCCUGUUGAAGACAGAACAAACAAAUGUCCUGGUACCGCUGGCACACAAUUUCAAAUUUAAGUUCCCUUUGUUUUGUUUUUUACAGAAGUCUUAGUUACCACAUAGCUGGUUAUGUGCGUGUCCGUGCAUCCUCCCAGCCUGUAACAUGCAGUAGGCACUAUAAAUUUUGCUGUGCAUGUUGUAUACAAUAAUGUCACACAUGGCCUCUUAAAUGACAUCAGGGAAAUAUCAAAAAUAAAAGCUUUAUUGCAGUUUGUGCACCCACAUAACCACUGGUGUGCUUUCACACACCUGGAAAACUUUUAUUUCUAUGAUUGUGACUGUGAGAAGAACUUUUGGUGUUUUGUCUUUUGACAAAACAUCCACAUCCCACUACCACACAAAAUGUUGUAGGUGUACAUUGUGGUUUUAGCUUAGCUGCAGAAGCAGAGGUGGGGCAGAGCAUUUCAGAGAGCAGUGCCAGGUUGAGCUGAAUGGUACAGCUGCUGCAUAUCUUCUAAUCAGCUUUUCCUUUUUACUUAGCAGGCUGAAAUUUUGAGACACAGAGACCACAGAGCAGCCACAGCCAUACCAAGCUACACACCUGUCUAAGAAGGAAGUAGCCUGAGUUGUCGCUUAGCGUAUUGUGGCAGACUGGAUUUGAGCAGCACAUGGCUUUUGUUUGGAUACAACUGCAUGUGGGCUUAGGCUGCUCUCAAUUAAGAUUAUUUCUUCUGAAAGUCAUAAAUCCCUGCAGCUCAUGAAGUUUGGAUACGGACCCAAGAUCUCUGGGAGUAUCCCCAAAGCAUCAGAGUUUUCCACAUUAAUGCACAUGGAACAACAGUGGUAGCCUAAGCUUUUCCACAAAGUCAUAGUUUUGCUGCAAUAUGGAACACACCAGCUUUAAAGCAAGUUUUUGUAAAGGAAGAACACACAAAACUUUCAUGGUUGUUGUGAUGGAGGAAAUGCUGAAGGGUGAUGUGACAGUGUAGGAUGGGUGAGAUGGAGGCAGAUGUCCCACUAUGUUGAUUCCUAAAUGGAGAGGCUGAAAAAAAAGCUGCUGUGUCGUUACUGUCGAGGUGUCCGAGAGUACCUGUAUAAAGUAACUACAAUAUGGCAACACACAGAUGUUACAGAUGGUUCUGAAAUCCCCAAAAUAAUAAAGAAAUUUUUACAGAUAUUAGAACUUGCUUAAAGUGAACAUUUCACUCCCCAAAUGUUGCAUUGUGAAAGGAAAACAUCUCCAAACAAUUAUGUAAUAUAGCCAAAAAAUAACUCCAUGAAAUAACUGUCCAUACUUCCCAAGUCCAACAAUCAGAGAGUCAUAGUGGAUCAUCUGGUUGAGGCACCUUGAGGUGACCAUUGUGAAGUGGUGUAUGAAUAAAAUUGAAAUGAAAUAAAACUGAAAAAGCUCCACAAAUAGUGGACCAAAAAGCUUAGUUCAGUUUCAUUAAUCGUCACACUCAACAAUAAGUGCAUUAAAUGGAAGGCAGUUCUUUUUAUAGUUUUUAUUAACAGUAUUUCUUCAUCUUAUGUUAUAUAUUCCUUAAUACUUAUGAUACUCUGAUGAUGAGCAGGAAUGUGAACCGUGAGACAAGUUGAAAAUCUACUGCUAUUGUCUGUUGUCAACUUUUGUAAAAGAGAGAGAGCAUUAGAAGCACAAGCAGUUUAUGCUGCCACUGCUGCAGAGAUGAUGCGACUGUGUUGGGCCCUAGUGCUGAUUUUUUCCUAUUCCACUUCAGAGAGCACUAUAAUCAUCACAGAGCCUGGUGAGAGCAUCACUUUGAAGUGUUCCUCAGAAGAAUGUCCCCAAAACAAUGGUCGAUAUGCUGGGAUGUAUCUGUAUCAUAGGUUUACUGAACAGAAUGAGGUGUAUUUCUAUAGCAACCAUGUUAACAGCAAAGUUACUGUGCGAUCGAGAUACAAAGGCAGGAUGGAGUCAAACGGAGCUCCCAUGAACCACAGCAUCACCAUGACCAAUCUGACUGUGGAUGAUUCUGGUGUCUACACUUGUGUCUACAAAGAAUCAGUAGACAAAAGUGUUGAGUGCAAAGUCUACACGGUUUUUGUAAGAGCAAUAACAAACAAACAUAACAGAGAGCUCCAGACGACCGCAGAGAAGAGACGUCUACCUGGUGGUAAUCGUGAGCCUAAUACUACCGAGCAUCCCAAAGAACCAUGUCCCAGACAAAAGGCGCUCUUGUCCACUGCAGAGGAGAGACAUCUACCUCUGGUGUUAAUCAUCAGUAUUUCCACCAUCAUCCUGCUGUUCAUCAUAAUCUUAAUCCUACUGAUGAUCCAGAAGGCGAGAAAAAUGAGAAGCUACAAAAGAAAAGCAAGACCUUCCCUGCAAGCAUCCAAUGAUUAUGUGUAUGAAGUUAUGAUGAAGACCAACGGGUGGCCAGCAGCAGCUCCAGUGCAGCCAGCACAAAACCCCUAUGAGCUUGUUUAGAAAUGUAGUCGAAUAUUAUUCACUUCUGGAGGGUUUCUUUUUAAGCUGUUGAUGGGGUGUUUUUUUUUUUCUUUUGUUUGUUUGUUUUUGGUUGAUUUUGGUUUUUGAAGUGAUUUAAAUCACAAUGAACGCACUCAAAGUGACCAUUCAUAGUGUUGCAUUGCCUCUGUUCCCUGAUUAUUUGAGAAUUGAGAGGGCAUUUGAAAAAAGCAUAAAUACAUAUUGUGAUAUCAUAGGCACAGGGUUUGGGUUGUCACUUGUAAGCACCUAGGCCUCAGACAGCCAUAAUAAACAUCAGCAGCCUGAUUAUUGAUCUGUUAGUUUAGCACAAAUGAACACAAAUGGUGAGUGUUUCUUGUUUAUGUAUUAUAACUUGGAGGGUGCAUGCGAAGACAUGUGAAACAUACUUGUGGCCAAAAACAACCGAAGGUGGGCGGGAGGGUGGGGAUGGGGAGGGGGAUGAGUGGUUUAUAUUUCUAUAUGCAGAUAUCUCACAUGAUUAUUAAUUGAUCUGAUAACAAUCGCAUAUAAAUAACUGACAUAAUUAGAGUUCUGAAAGUGGAGAUGAGACUGGAUGAUAACUGGUUAGACUGUUUAUUGGAGUGGAAAUAACAGACAUGUUUUGAAACAGUUGUAGUUUUGUUUGUUUGUUUGUUUUUCGGUUUGUUUGUUUGUUUCUUGACUUGUAUGCUUUAUUAUUGUUAAUUCCAAACCUUCUCCAUAAUUUGUGCUCUGUGCUCUGGAAUAUAACAACAGUAAUCUGAGGUAUAUAAUAAAAAAACAUUCAAUGAAAAAUAUUCAACACACACACACACGCGCACACACACAUACAAACAGUAUAACUGGUUUAAGUAAAUGCUGCAAGAUCUUUAUUGUUCAAAGGGGAGAGUGUACGGUAUGUUCUGAAUUAAACUCAUUUGUCAUUGCUGUCAAUAAAAACCUGCAUUAUGUGGUGUUUGC